AAAGCGAGGGAAACGCCGGGAAAAAGGAAGAGAGAGAAAAAGCAGGGGGUCGAGCUCGAUCCAUGUCCGCUUCCCUCUGGCGGAAUCUCCCAGUCUUUCGGCCGUGAUUCGGAGCAGUGAGAAAGCCAGCUUUUUGGGCGGCAAGAAAGAGGGGAGGAAAGGAAAGGAAGAGAAGGGUCGCAGCAGGGGGAGAGCUGGGAAGUGAGGGAGGGAGCGUGGGAAGCGAAAGCGGCGGCGGCGGCGGCGGCGUCGGCGGCAUGGGGAUACUGCACGAGGACGCGGUGGUGAUUAGCCAGUCGGAGAACGGGAGCGGCUCGACCGUGAUCACCGUGAACUGCCCCGACAAGACCGGGCUGGGCUGCGAUCUGUGCCGGAUCAUAUUGCAGUUCGGUCUGAGCAUUUGCAGGGGAGAUUUGUACACCGACGGGAAAUGGUGUUAUGUACUGUUUUGGUUGGUGGGGAGGCCGGCGACCGGGUGGAAUUUGUUGAAGAAGAGGCUGCUGGAUGCGUGCCCUUCGUACUUCUCGACAUCGGAGAUCGAGUACUACAGGCCCGAGAACAAGCAAGCAAGGCCACCUGAUGUCUUCCUGUUAAAGUUCUGGUGUUCAUAUGAUCGCAAAGGCUUAUUACAUGAUGUGACAGAGGUUCUGUGCGAACUAGAACUGACGAUAAAGAGAGUAAAAGUAUCCACAACUCCAGAUGGGAGAGUGAUGGACCUCUUUUUUGUCACAGACUCCAGAGAGCUACUUCAUACAAAGAACAGACAGGAGGAGACGAUCAACCAUUUGAGAGAAGUACUAGGGGACACAAUGGUGAGUUGUGAGAUUGAACUGGCUGAACAAGAAGUCACUGCAUGCUCACAGGGUUCUCCAUUUCUUCCUUCUGCAAUUACUGAGGAAACUACCAGUUUAGAGAUGCUAGAUGGGAAUCGGAGCAGUUCUCAUUUCUCAAACCCUGUAUUUGUUUCAAUGGACAACUCUCUGAGUCCCUCACACACAAUCGUUCAGAUCGAAUGUCGGGACCACAAAGGCCUCAUUUAUGAUAUCAUGAGGACGUUGAAAGAUUUGAAUAUCCAGAUCUCUUAUGGACGGUUCUGGGCGAACUCUAGAGGGAACAGUGAGGUAGAGUUUUUCACGAUGCAUGCAGAUGGAAGCAAGAUUGUUGACCCCACCGAGCAGAACGACUUGAGCUCUUGUUUGAAAAGGGAGCUGCGGAGUCCCCUCAGAGUGGCUGUGGUUAGCCGAGGCCCAGAGACCGAGCUGCUAGUUGCAAACCCAGUUGAAUUGUCUGGAAGGGGUCGCCCUCUUGUGUUUUACGAUAUUACCUUUGCUCUGGAGAUUCUCACUACCCGAAUAUUUUCAGUGGAGAUAGGGCGACACAUGAUAUGCAACCGGGAGUGGGAGGUCUAUAGAAUCGUACUAGAUGAAAGGGACAGUUCGUGUGUGCCGAGAGAGAAGAUUGAAGAAGGCGUUCGAAAUCGACUGAUGGGUUGGGAUAGGGGGUAAAAGUUUGGUACCGGUCGAGUCUUCCAUCAUUGUACAGCUAUGUUUACUCCUUUGGCAUCUUCCUGGUCUAGGCUCUCCAACUGCAACGAGUGUAAAUAGAGUAAAGCAUAAUGUGAAAUGGUAAGCUGUCAAUUUACCCUUUCUAGCUUUUAUUGUUGGGCAAGAGAUUGCGUCGUCGGCCACAUCUCAGUCUCACUUAAUUUUUCUCCA